AUUAAGAACAAGGAAUGUAAUUAAACCAAUUCCUCUAACCACUCCAAUGAAUAUCGAAGAAGGAACUUCAACUUCAAAGGAUAAGAAACCUCGAAGAAAAAUACCACGUACUCCCUCUGCUGUUGACCAACUAGCUUCUUAUAAUGUCGCUGAAGAUAUUCUCAACUUACCAUCAUCUGCAAAACUUGGACAAUGGUUAAAAUACCCAGAUCAAAGGAGAAAUUUAGCUAAUGCUUUAAAACGAGCUAUUAUCAAAGAAACUAAUAAUGUUGACCUUGAUAACGAAUACGUAAAUGAUAAUGACGAUAUGCCUACAACUGCUAUUAAAU